GAGCUAGAAAUUUCACCUUUUUCUCUCGCCAUCCCGUCGUCCAUCGACGACGUUCACGACCUCUGUCGACCAUCUUUCUGUACCUCUGACGAUAAUGGAGGCUCGUAACAACCUUUUUUCUCGCGGCUCGACCCCACCUGUACAGCAGCCUCAGCCACAGUAUCACUCCAGUCAGCAUCUAUCGCACAAUAUUUCUUCUACCAAUAUCGAUACUUCUCUGUUUCAACACAUCAAUUCCUCGUCUUCUGACCUUUCGCAAUCUCAGCAGUCAUUCAGUCAGCAGGAGAGUUACGGCAGUAACGGUUCCAAUCCGACGACGCCCAUGAUGUCCGUGUCCGACGAACCAUCGUCCCCGCAUGCGAGCAGUAACUCGAACGCUACCCUUGCCGAAAGGCAAAACGCAUUAUUAUCUUUCCUUGCUGGCCCUCCAAGCAACCCAGCACCUCGGAAUUCGAAUGCUGGGCCUGGUCCGACUAUGCCCCAGCAGAUUCCUACGCCUCCGGAAGGUUCCCAGCCUAGGUCGGGAUCAGGAGGUUCUGCAGCAAGUGCAGAGGCGCAGGGAAAAUUGCUAUUGGAGCAACUUAUGUCUGGAACAGCCCCAAGGCCAAAUUAUUCUGAAUCUCCCCACAGUUCCACCAACCCUGCUAUCGCACCAUCGCCGCCAUAUCAGGUACAGGAAGAGUACCGUUCUUACGGCCCACAGUAUCAGGAUACUAUCGAUCUUGCCGCAGAUAUUCCUCGUGCUCCAGUUCCACCCCAACCUCAGCAGCUACCACCGCAGCCAGUAGCAGAGCCACAAAAGACUAUGUUCGACUUUGUCUCUCCUUUCGACGUUCUUUCAUCGACUUCAGGCCCUACUAAGAAAAAGGUCCAGCAGCUUGCAAAUGUUUCAAGUGGUGGUGAAGAAUCGAGCUCGUGGACGUCAGUGUCGGACCCGAAGCGACGAUCUGUCGAAAACCUCUUGGACCAGAUGACCAAUAUCCAGUCAUAUCCUCAGACCUCCGCUUACGAUUUGUACGAUCCAUCAAGCAGUGAUUACACACCUAGGUCUACGGCGGAUACAAGGCUGUCUCAGGCCGAUCCUCGAGUUCCACCGCCACCCCUUCCUCCAAAACCCGCUCCAGGCCGUGAGCCCUCUCCCCGCCUCUCACCACCAAAGACGCAAGCACAGCGCGCGCGCAUGGGUGAAUCACCGGCCAGUCAACAAGGUACCAUUCAGAGCAAUGGUGGCAGCAAACGAGAUAAGGAAAGCUCGCCGGGACCUCGUGGCAGUAGCAUCAGGCGUGGCCAGGGUAGAGGAAACAAGAACUACGCGAACGCGAAUUCUCAGCCGCAGACUAUCAUCUUCGAUGUCUCUCAGCCUUUGGAUGAAAUCCAGGCUCCAAGGGAUUCCGUUAAAUCAACGGCGAUUGCAUUGGUCAAGCAGGAGACCAUAUUUCUUCCUGGGACAACCAUUGGCGCUACGCACUGGGUGGCCUACGCUAUGAGCAGGGGGCGUGUUCGUGUGAUCUCUCGCUCCAAUGGAGAUCGAACUCUACUUCAGCUUCCGCCUACCUUUGGAAACGCAAGCGUCUCCGACAUGGCGGUCUUCGGAAAUCGCUUGGCCGGUGUCACCUCUGACGGUGGAUUUGUCGUUUGGGAGCUUCCUGAAGUGAUCACAGACGAUGUUCCGGGAACUCUGUUGCUCUGUGUAGCACCUCUGCCGGAGGCAGAGCCUCUUCAGUCUGUGAAAUGGCAUCCCAAAGAUCCUGACACUCUUGCCGUUGCCUCUGAUAGCCAAAUUUAUCUAAUUGAUUUAGCCAAUGUUUCCGGAUUGCAUGGUCCUAACUUGACUCACAAUGACCUUCGUCACAUCGGGAAUCUCAUGAGUUUGUCUUCUUCAUUGGUUGCUUUCGACUUUGAUAUUAUGCAAUACGCGCUUCUUACCAUUUCCACUGACUCUACUCUGACGACGUGGAAUAUUAAAGACAGAGUUCCUUAUGCCAGCCAUAAGAUCCGCGGCGAAGAUAUGCCCUCUUCGCUCACAUACGCAGACGGUGUUAUUGUCGUUGGCAGGAGGAACGGAACUGUAUUCCAACUCCUUUCUUCCAGUACGAAAGCGGUGCUUUCCACAAUCAAAUUCGUAAACAGUGCUGGUGCUCCAGACGAGUUCAACAUGUUUGGCCAUGUUAGCUACGACGCACGGAUUCAGACUCUUUGGAUCGCUAACUCGAGACGUGAAAGUAUGAUCGCUUUCAAGCUGAACAUGGACUCGCCUGUGAUCAUGGGUGAUGAGUCUGGCAGGGGUUACGUCGAGCAGGUCGUCGAGUUUUCUGGACCGAAACCGACCAUACAUUUUGUCAUCUUAACAGCAGACGCGGACCCCAACGGGGAUGAGGCCUACGCCGCAUGCAUUGCUGCUAAAGUGCCUCCUGGGGAGUUGGCGCUGGCAGCGUUCUCUGUACAUUCAAGUGGUGUUGACCAGAUCCUUAUUCGUAGAGAAUGGUUUGAUAUGGCACUUGGGUCAACGACAGCGAAGUAUCCUCCUAUCACUCCGCCACAGCCUCCCCCUGAGAAGGCGAGACAAGCGCCUUCUCAGCCGACGGUGCCUCCCCGCUUGAGGACACCGCCGUCAGAAGAGGUUGAGGUUGAUGUGUCGAGGGAUGAGGGGCGGACGCAUGAGCCGAAGGGGAAAGGUCAGAAGGGGAAGAAUGUGACCUGGGGUGGCAAGGACGAUAACGGGAAGGGCAAAGAGAAAGAAAGCACGGAGGUAUCCGUCGGACAAGCUCUGACUAAGGAGAUGAAGAAGUUGGAGGACAGCUUGCAUACAAGGAUCACGCGCUCGCUCAACAAAGAAAUGGACAAGCAGCAGCAACGAUUUGAAGACGCUCGAGCACACGAGCAGGCAGAGGACUUCGCUCGCCAAGAGAAAAUUCUGAAGUUGAUUUCCACGGAAUUGACAAGGAACACUACCAGGGUCGUCGAGGUCGCCGUCAAAAACGAGGUUCAGAAUUCGGUUCUUCCUUCUCUUGAAAGUAUCACCAGGAACGAGGUGAAAACUGUUUUGAAUGAUCAACUCGGAAGGGGCUUGACGGACCUUGUCUCACGCCGUCUACCCGCGGAGAUGGAAAGCCUGCUACUUCGUCCGGAGUUUUCUAAUAAACUCGCACAGAUUCUUGCGUCCAAUAUCAAUAUCGCUAUUGAUAGACAGGUGAAAGAGGUCGUUUCUCAGAUUCUCAUUCCCGAAAUACACAAUAUCAAGAAUGAGAUCUCUCGGUGGCAGAGUGAAGUCAGUCGAAGCCAUGAGACGUCGAUUAGCCAGUUGGAACGGACUGUGCGACUGUUAUCCGAGCAGGUCAAGUUCCAGAGUUCGCACCCUCCGGCUGGUACUCCCCCGACACAGGCUCCAGCGUCACAAUCGCUUCCUAUGGGCAUGCCUAUGCAACAACAACAAGCUUUGGGCCAGCCUCAACUUCAAAUGCAGGCUCGCAUGCCCAUGGCACACUCCGGUGGUCCCAUGCCUCAGCAGCAAGCGGGAUGGUAUCCCCAUGACCCACAGCCGGCCCAGGCACCUCUUCCGUCAUGGUACAGGCAGGGAAUUGCGGCACCUCAGCCCUCCCACCCUGCGCAGCCUCCUCCUCCAGUUGAGAAGCCCGUAACUGCGGACGAAAUGGCCAAAUACGAGAAUCAUUUCGUGGAACACUUGUCCCCUUCGGCCCCCGUGCCAGAUCUCCUCAAUCUCUUGUCUCGUACCAACAUUGACACGGUCCUCUCUAUGCGGCCGGAUGUUCCUACGCUGUCUCAGACCUGCAUCAUUGUUAUAAUCCACCGAACUACCCCCAUCAUUGAUAUGUCUGCACCUUCUGAACCUGCAUUCAAACUUGCUAUUCAGUGGAUGCACCGAGCCUUGCAACUCCUACGUCUAGACGUAAGUGCUUAUGAUGGUUGCAGCUGCAUAUACUCAGUGCGCCCUUCCAGGACAACAUGAUGUUGGACUACGCUCCGAGAGUC